AUGAAAGAAGUUGAUAAUGUGAAUGCAAGAACCAGUGCCAAAGUCCCCGUUGUGAAGUUCAACUGUACAAAGCUCGGUAUGGAAGGAGACAUCAGUUAUUAUAAUGUAUUAGCCCUUUCAAAUACGGAAAUGCUGAAGAAGUACUGUUCGUGGGACGUUCGAGUUGCGCCUCUUGGUGUGUGGAUAAAACGGAAAGUGGCAUUCGGGAAGGGAUGGUGA